AUGGACAUCACGGAACUGGAUAUGAUAACGAGUAUUCAAGCUGCGAUGGCUUUAUAUGAGGAUCGUCAUUGUAUGGGUGUACGAGAUACUGAUCCAAACAAUCCAGGGCAAUACACAGAUGCCUACACCUGGUUAACAUUCAAGACAAUAGGCGAUCGAUCAAAGAAUUUUGGGCACGGACUUCGACAUUUAGUUGAACCUCGUGGUUAUCUUGCUAUCUGUGCAGCUAAUCGACCCGAAUGGAUGAUAACUGAUUUUGCAUGCAUGUUGCACAGCAUUAUCAGUGUCCCAAUCUACUGUCUAUUCAAUGAUCGUGAUGUUGCUUAUAUCAUCAACAAUACAAAAAUAUCUGUCGUUGUUUGUGAUAAUGAGAUGCUACCAAAAUUUACUCGAAUAUAUUCACAAUGUCCAUCACUACGUCAUAUCGUUUGCAUGGAUCCAAUUUUAAAGACAACUGUCGAAAAUGCUAACCUUUCGAUUCAUUAUAUGGCAGAUAUUGAAAGAUAUGGUGCUAUGAAAUAUUACGAGUCUGUCCCUAUUGGACCAACUGAUUGCCUCACAAUCAUCUACACGAGUGGAAGUUCAGGAUUUCCAAAAGGUGUAAUUAUCAACAAAGAUGCGUUUUGGAGUAACUUUCUACGUUGUUAUUCGCUAUCUUAUUCUGAACAUGUCUCAUUCGUAUAUGAACCAUUGGCGUGGUCAAGUGGUCGAAAAUCAGUCAUUAUAGCAUUUCUGUGUGGAGGACGCACUGGAUUCUCUUCAGGAGACGUAUCACGACUCAUGGAAGAGAUGGCUUUAGUUCGACCUACACAGUUUGGUGGUCCACCGACGAUUUGGAAUAAAAUUUAUUCUGAGUUCAAAGCGACUCUAUCUUUGGCGACCGCUAAUCUGACACCAGAUGCUACCGCGGUAGAAAAAGGACAUCUUCUAGAACAGUUUUCAAAACUCAUUCCAAGGAGAUGUCGACUAAUCAGUAUUGGAGGUGCCAUGGUCAGUUCAGCAGUGCUAGACUUCAUGCGAGAAUGCUUCUCACAUUGUUCCAUCUUUGAAACCUAUGGAAUUACGGAGUGUGGCAGUGUUGCCGUAAAUAAUUUCCUAGAGAAUAAACUCAAUUAUCGAUUGGAAUCGGUUCCAGAAAUGGGCUACACACUCGACGAUAAACCAUUCCCAAGAGGAGAAUUUUUGGUCAAAACAGAACAAAUAUUUUCUGGAUACAUUAAUAACACAGACGAAACUGGAGCAGCUCUGACUCAGGAUGGAUUUUUUCGUACUGGUGACAUUGUUGAACUUCAUACUAGAGUAAUAGGAAGACCUCAUGUGCAUGUUAUUGAUCGAAAGAAAAACUUCUUCAAACUUUCUCAAGGCCAAUUUGUUUCGCCUGAAUUUCUUCAAGGAGUUUAUAACAAAAGUGUUUUUGUUCAUCAAAUCUACAUUCAUGGUGACCUUCUAUCAGAUAGUGUUGCGGCAGUUGUCGUACCAAAUCGCGAAUAUGCUCAGACGUUUAUGGUGAGAAACAAUCUAGGAAAACUAGAUAUAAACAAGCCAGAUCCAAAAUUUUGUGAUGCAGUCAUGCAAGAUUUGCAACUGAUCGCGAAACAAGAAUCACUUCGACCGCACGAAAUUCCAUCACGACUACUAAUCGAUUUUGAACCUUUCACACCGGAAAAUGGCCUUCUUACCUCGACAAUGAAGCCCUGUCGACCAAAACUAAGUGCACAUUAUGCUGAACGACUGAAAACAACAACACAUUCGAUUGAACAAAAGUUGAAAACAAUUAUCGAAACUGCAACAGGACGGUCACUGUUGUUAACUGAUAAAAAUGAGGAUUUUAUGGCUAUUGGUGGUGAUUCAUUAGCAGCUGUGCGCUUAUCUCGCAUGAUACAAGAUGAACUCGCAGUAUCAUUACCAGCCAAUGUAUUUUUUCAAUCCGAGAUGAAUCUGAAGCGUUUGACAACACUGGUGCAAAAUCCCUCACAGAUUUCAUCUCAUCCAGCGUCCAUCGUACCGCAAAUGCUUCAUGACUCUGACAUCGAUCUGAAUAUUACAGUUGGUAAAUGCAAACCUACACAUAUAUCUCCUUCUAUGGUUUUUGUCACAGGAACCACAGGAUAUGUCGGUGGUUUCUUAUUAGCAGAAAUGCUAAACGUCUAUCCUCUGAAGUGCAAAUUUGUUUGUCUUGUAAGAUGCAAUCCAAUAAGCAAUUCAAUAGAUCGUAUUCGAGAUAAUAUGUCAUUUCUUCGUAUAUGGAAAGAUGAGUUUCGAGAACGGAUCAUUGCAUUGCGAGGUGAUUUGGCUAAGGAUCACUUUGGACUAGACAAUGAAAUAUAUGAGUCACUCGCCGCUCAAACAGAUAUUAUCUUUCACUGUGGUGCUACUGUCAAUUUUAUACUUCCCUACAAUAAACUCUAUGGCCCAAAUGUAUGUGGUACUCGUGAGAUUAUUCGUUUGGCUACUCAUGGUGCCACUUGCAUACCUGUACAAUACAUCUCCACGGUAAGCGUUCUAUCUUCUGAUAUUAUCAGAGAGGUGUCGAUUGAUAAGAUCCCUCCGGAUGGUUUAACCAGUGGCUAUGGACAAAGUAAAUGGGUAGCAGAGAAACUCAUGUACAAGGCAAGUCGCUCUGGUCUACCAGUAGUUAUCUAUCGUCUGGGAUCGAUUAGUAGUAAUACAGAGACUGGUGUUUGUAAUCGACAUGAUCUUCAUACAUUAUUAAUGGCAGCAAUUAUGAAAGUAGGAUGCUAUCCUCUAUUGGCUAUGAAGUCCACAUUCGAUGGUUUACCAGUAGAUUUUUGUGCCAAAAGUAUUGUUUAUCUAAGUCAAAAACAACCUAGUGUUUAUGGAAGUGUCUAUCACGUUGCCAAUCCAUAUGGUAGAAUAUCAUUCGAAGAUAUAGUUAAAGGUAUGGUGAAAUGUGGUGUUGAAACAAGAGGUAUCGCAUUUGACCAAUGGCAAAACAAAAUGAAAGCAGAAACUAUGCGAACUGGCCCGUUUGAGUCCUUGAGUGAGUUCCUGAAUUAUGUAAAAUCAACAUCAAGAUUAAAAUCAGAUAAAAGAGGAUAUGUUGCACUUUUAUAUAGUGGUACUGCACGAAGUUUUAGUUCAAAUUUUGAAAGUCAUAUUAUUAAUAUGAUGAGUGGAUGUCCAUAUACAAUUCAUCUCUUUUUUCAUACAUAUAUUAAUGAAAAUAAUCAAUAUCAUUUCUCUCAAGAUAAAAAUGAAAACAAUUUUUCCAAGUACACAAAUUAUUUAUCAGUCAAUGCAACUCUUUCCUAUUUUCAUGGAUAUAUUAAUCUUGAUAAUGAAUAUGUUGCAUUUCAUAAUCAAGCUGUUAAAGUUAACGCUUUUGAAUAUUUAUCAUUGAGAAAUUUACGUGAAAUAUAUAAAAAUACUUAUGAUACUUCAAUGAAACGUUUUCUUGGUCAUCCACCAAUUCCUGGCAUUUAUUAUAUGUGGCAUAGUCAACGUCGUUGUGAAGAACUACGUCAACAAUAUGUAAAUAGGAGUGCGGAUGGAAUUGUUUAUAAAUGGAUCUUUCGAAUGCGUCAUGAUGCUGUUUAUUAUACAAAUUGGUGGCAACAAGCUUUUCAUAUCUCCAUUUAUACGCAUUCAAAUCUCAAACAUAAAAAUAUAAAUCAUGAUAUUAAAAAUCAUUGGGGAAUUUAUCCAGCAAGAUUAUAUGAUAUGAUCUAUGAACCAAGAUUAAAAUCAAAUGAGAAUAUUAUUUAUAUCCCUUUUGGAUGGUCAAAUGGUGGUUAUAAUGAUCAGUUUGCAGCAAUGUCAUCGAACAGAAAUGCUCAGCAUUAUUUUAUGAGAAUAUUAAAUAUUAAACGAAUGUUACACGAAUCAAUUGUUCAUCCUGAAACAUCAAUACAUUUAAUUGCGAAAUGGAAUCAGAUUAAAAUAGAUAAUAGAAAUGCCACGAUUUGUUAUGAUAUUGUUCGCAUAUCAACUAAAAAUCAUCGAUCUUGUGCUUAUAAAAAAAGUGGAAUAGAAGAUUGUCAAUUAUUAUGUCCUAAAUAUGAAAACAUCAAUACAAUAUUACACAAUCAUUUUAUUAAUAAUAAGAAUAAUUUAGUUUCACAAGACAAUUCUACAAGAAUAUUAAAUAAUAAUAAAGAAGAAACUGAAAUAUUAUUAAAUCAACAUAUUUUAUCUAUGAAUAAUAAUAAUAAUAAUAAUGAAAAUUCAAUAGAAAUCAAUGAUCAGUCUUCAUCUUUUUAUUAUUUUUAUCGAUAUAUUAAUUCAAAAUAUCUAAAUAAUCCUUGUCUACCUCAAACAUGGACUAAAGAUCAAGGAAAUAACUAUGAAAAACAUCAUUUUCCAUUUAUUCUUCGAUCAUCAGAUCAAACUAAAAUUAAUCAAUACAAUCAAUAUUUGACAUGUGGGUCGAAUGUUAAUAUUUAA